AUGGCAUUUACCACAGAGACGAAAAAGACGUCGAAAGAGGUGCUGGCGCCUCGCUCGACGGAGCUCGAGUUCUGUGGGUUUCCCGGAGCCUUAUUUGUAACGGUCGUGGUUCCCAUUGUGACGUAUUUCCUGGCGUUUGGGUGCAGCGAGGAACUGGGCUGCUCGCUCUCGCUACCGGUGAGCAACCCCGACAUUUUUUUCGCGUAUGCGCGUCGUGAGUUUGUCGCUAGCUUCACCGAUACGACUGCGUGGGCCCUGUACUUUGCAUGGUACGCUUACUGUGUCAUUGCCUGGUUCGUGCUUCCGAGCAAGUGGGUGAAGGGUCUUCCGCUGCGAACCGGCCAGGUGCUCGAGUACAAGACCAAUGCGUUUGCGACCGGUGUCGUGACGCUGGGAGGAUUGGCGAUGUACAUUGGCAUUUACGGCCCGUCGAGCUUCACGAUUCUCUACGACCACUGGCCAGGCCUCGUGACCGCCGCCCUUGUGAAUUCGUUUGUGCAGGCGGUAUACGUGUACGUGGGCUCGUUCUGUGGCCCCAAGCUCCUUGCGCUCGGUGGAAACAGUGGCAAUGUGCUGUACGACUGGUUCAUCGGCCGCGAGCUGAACCCCCGCAUUGGCCUGUUUGACAUCAAGACCUUUAACGAGCUGCGCCCCGGCCUGAUUCUGUGGGUGAUGAUGGAUGUUAGCUGCAUCUGCCACCAGUACACUGCGUAUGGCUCUGUGACGGACAGCAUGGUGCUCGUCGUCGUCUUCCAUCUGUGGUACGUCCUCGACUCGCUGCUGCACGAGUCGACCAUCUUUUCGCAGAUGGACAUCACCACGGACGGUUUUGGAUUCAUGCUGAGUGUCGGUGACUUGGUUUGGGUACCCUUCACCUACAGUCUGCAGGCCAAGUACCUUGCCUUCCAGCCUGUCCACCUCGGCCCGGUUGGCAUUGCGCUGAUUCUCGCCCUGCAGUUCUUUGGCUUCUACAUCUUCCGCACCGCUAAUGUCGAGAAGAACGAUUUCCGCCUGGGACGCAACCCCAAGAACCUGCAGUACAUGAACACUGCGCGUGGUACCAAGCUGAUCGUGUCGGGCUGGUGGGGUCGUAGCCGUCACCCCAACUACCUGGGCGACUGGCUGAUGGCCUGGGCAUGGUGCCUGCCCUGCGGGUUCUCCUCGCCGAUCCCCUUUUUCUACGUCGUGUACUUUGCUGUGCUGCUUGUGCACCGCCAGCUGCGCGACGAUGACGCCUGCAAGAAGAAGUACGGAGCCGAGUACUGCAAGCGCGUGCCCUACCGCAUCAUUCCGUAUGUGUAUUAG